CCUCUACUCACCCCACUACUCACCCCACUACUCACCCCUCUACUCACCCCUCUACUCACCCCACUACUCAUCCCGGCGCUCAUCCCGGCGCUCAUCCCGCUGCUCACCCCACUGCUCACCCCUCUGCUCACCCCGGCACUCACCCCUCUACUCACCCCACUGCUCACCCCUCUGCUCACCCCACUGCUCACCCCUCUGCUCACCCCACUGCUCACCCCUCUGCUCACCCCUCUGCUCACCCCGGCACUCACCCCGGCACUCACCCCUCUGCUCACCCCACUGCUCACCCCGAUGCUGGCGUCGCUGACCGCGUGUGGCCGGGGUGUCGCGCGCUCCCGCGGGCUGCUGCUGCCGCUGCGCUCCCGCGUGUCCCUCUCGGACUGCUCGGGCCUCGCGACGGAGACGCGGGGAGUGCGCGCCUCCACGGAUGGGACCCCGAGUGCCGACGCGUCCAGGGCUGGCUACUGUGACACCCACGCCUCCAGAGGAGGGAGUCCGAAGUCUCCUGCGUCUAAGGCGAGGACCCCGGCCUCUCGCUCCUCCAGCGCGGAGUCACUGCUCGGGGCCCCGGGCAGCUUCACCAUCCUGCGCUCGACGUCCGCCGACGUCUUCACCAACCUGGCCCUGGAGGACUGGCUCUACGAGCACGGCGGCUUCGGGGCGGGCGGCGGUGCGCUGCUAGUGUGGUGGAACGAGCGCGCCGUGGUGCUGGGCCGCCACCAGAACCCGUGGCGGGAGAGCGAUGUGCCGUGGCUGCGGCAGCGGGGAAUUUCUGUGGCGCGUCGGCGGAGCGGCGGCGGCACAGUCUACCACGACCUUGGCAACGUGAACUUCUCCUUCUUCAGCUCGAGGGCCGGCUACGACCGCAAGCGCAACCUCGGCCUCAUCACGGACGCCGUGGCCACGCUGCGGCCGCGCCUCGACGUGCGCGCUACGGAGCGCUUCGACUUGGUGAUGGAGGCCAACUUGAAGGUGUCGGGCACGGCGGCCAAGCUGGGCCGCGACACGGCCUACCACCACUGCACGCUGCUCGUGGAGGCCGAUCGGGUGCUCAUGUCGCGCGCCCUGCGCAGCGGCCACGCCACGGGGCUGCGCACCAACGCCACUCCCAGCGUGCCGGCGCCCGUGGCCAAUCUGCGGGAGCGUGACCGGACCCUAACCUGUAACCUCCUGGCCGGCGCGGUGGCAGCGCAGUUUGCGAGGUCGCACGGCCGCCCAGGCCGCGGGCAGGCCACCACUGUGGACCCAACAGAUGUCGAGGCCUACCCAGGAAUCGAACGCAUGCGAGAGGAGCUCAGCAGCUGGGAGUGGGUGUACGGACGCACACCACCCUUCAGUUACGAGCACAGCUUUCCCUCUGACCCCUGCGGAGGCGGUCAGCACGGGGAGUUCACAGUCAGGGUGGAGGUGAAGAAUGGGCGCAUCGAGCGAUUCGAGGUGAAGGUGCCAGACCCGUGGCUACCAAUGGACGUGGCCUCCACGCUGGCCCAGGUGCUGGUGGGCACGCGAUUCUGGCCCGAAGACGUGGAACUGGCACUUCGGGAGGUGCGGGCCCAGGGUCAAGGCCCGUGGGGAUGGAUCUGCGACUGCAUCAUGUCCAUAGUGUGAUGCUCAUGCCAUGUACAUGAGUACAUGAACUGCACCCUCAUUGUCAGUGCACUGCUGGUUGAGAGCCGGCACAUGCCACGCACUGCUUUACUCUGCCCACAACCUAGCCCAAGUCUCAAACACCUGCUGUGGGUGGUGAUCGCUAAAGGCUUAACACUGCUUUAGCUGUCCAAGGUCUCGUGAGAUCAGACAAGAGGGUGGUUACAUCGUUUUACAUUGCAAUCCGAAAGAGCUCGAAUUUUGUAUAUUUACACCUUGGCUCCGUGUCCUGGGGCUGACAGUUUAAUGAGUCUCGCUCUUGGGAUGUCGUGGUGUAAAAACCAUGCCUAAUGAUACGUCAUGCCAAUAUCAUGAGUGUUACUGUGGUGUUCUUGAAGGUCCCUUUAAAAGUAUUAUUUUGCUCAAUCAUGAACCUUCACUUUCAUGUCAUGCAGCUUGGAGCACCCGAGCUGUGUGUUCACAAGGGAUGUUUGAUUUUUUUUUAGCCGUGUCCUCAUACACGUUAUCUUCAGUUUUUGCAAAUUUGUGUUAAUGACUGCAUCAAUAUGAUGUUGAGGAUAAGGAACUGACGGGGCAGUGUUAUAAUUUUUAUUUUAAUAUUAACAUUUGUAAUGCGCCUUAAAAUCUCCCAUGAAACCCAGAAAAGAAACUGGAAAAUAUAAAUUAAAACUUUCUAUUGCCAUAUUAGAAAAAUACCAAGUUUAUAAAAUAUUACUGUACAUGGUAUACACAUAGCAGGUGUAUUUAACAAAACAUGUUGCACAAUGUCAUCAGCCACUGUAAAUCCUCGUCACACUCAAGCGUGUCUCCUUGUCAGACUCCGGUCUUUUGUGCAAUCUCGGCGUAUGUUCCGCCUUUUUGAACAGUUUUGAAUGCUUCUGUACACCGUAUUUGUUUUCAUUAAGACAUUGUCUUUGUGAGAACUUGGA